AUGCCGUCGGUUACGCAGACCAGAAAGCGCAAGGCGCCCACCCGCGACAUCUCUCCCCCCGAAGAUGCCGCUUCCGGCGACGACUUCGAAGGCGGAAAGCUAGAGGGAAUCCUGUCGCAGAGCGAGGACGAAUCCGACGACAGCGUGUCCGACGAGGAGGAGGACAGCGAAGAGGAAGAGGAAGACCCGGAAGAAGACGAGGAUGAGGAGAUUGACAGUGACGAGAUUCCCUCUUCUGAAGAGGAUGAAGAGGGCAUUCGCGACCAGAUCAGGAGUCUCCAGAGCAAAGGACAAUCAGCCAACGGUCUUUCCACUCAUACCGACAAUGCCAGCGACGGCGGAGAAGAUGCUCGGAUGCGAUCUGCUUCGCCCGAAUAUGGGUUCCAAAAGCUCGAGAAGAAUUACAAAGUCACGACCGACGCAAACGGCAACCCUCGCUACGUCUACCAGGAAAUUGAUGCAGGGUACGAUACCGACGACUCUGACGCGCCUGCUGGACAGAAGAACACGAUUGGUGAUAUUCCACUCACUUUCUACGACUCGUAUCCUCACAUUGGCUACGACAUCAACGGCAAGAAGGUCAUGCGCCCUGCGAAGGGUGAGGCAUUGGACGCCCUGCUUGACAGUAUAGAGAUACCCAAGGGAUGGACAGGCCUGACGGACCCAGCGACCGGCAAGCCUCUACAACUGAGCCGGGAGGAGCUAGAAGUCCUGAAACAGGUCACUCGCAACGAGGUGCCCGCGGACGGCUACGACCCGUACCCAGACAUGGUCGAGUACUUCACAGGCAAGGAGGAGAUCAUGCCGCUGAGCGCUGCACCCGAGCCGAAGAGACGCUUCGUUCCUUCGAAGCACGAGGCCAAGCGGGUCAUGAAGAUCGUCAAGGCUAUCCGGGAGGGCAGGAUACAGCCGUACAGGCCGCCUGAGGAGCAGGAAGAAGAGGACCCGACGAUUAAGAGGUUCGAUCUGUGGGCUGAUGAAACACCGCGGCCGGACCACUCGACGCAUAUUCCGGCGCCUAAGCUUCCACCGCCCGUCCACGAGGAGAGUUACCACCCGCCGGCUGAGUACCUGCCGGACAAGAAGGAGAAGGACGCAUGGGAAGCAGAGGAUGAGGAGGAUAGAGAGCGGGAAUACCUACCAACCGACUUUGGCGCUCUCCGGAAAGUACCCGGCUACGACAAGUUCGUCAAGGAGAAGUUCGAGAGGUGUCUGGAUCUUUAUCUCGCGCCUCGUGUCAGGAGAAGCAAGCUCAACAUCGAUCCCGAAUCGCUUCUUCCCAAGCUGCCGAGUCCAGACGAGCUCAGACCGUUCCCUACGACUUGUGCCACGAUUUUCCGCGGUCACGAGGGUCGGGUACGCAGUCUAGCUGUGGAUCCUAGCGGCAGAUUCGUUGCUAGUGGAGGUGAUGAUGGUUGCAUCAAGAUCUGGCACAUCCUGACUGGACGACAGGAGUGGAGUGCCAAGGUUUCGGAUGAAGAGGCAGUCAACGUUGUCAAAUGGCGCCCUGGACAAGACGCAGUUAUUCUCGCAGCAGCUGUCGGGGAGAGUGUCUUCCUCGUGAUUCCUUUCGGUCUGUCCAUGGUGACUCCAGACGUCGAGCAGACCAGUCGCGAAAUCCUAGAUGCCGGCUGGGGCUACGCUGCAUCAAAUCCCUCAAAACACACUACCGCAGAUGGCGCGCCAAAAGCACCUCCUGCCAAAUGGAGUCGGCCCGGCUCCAGACUAGAAGAGCAAGGCGUGCUGGUUCAGGCCACUGUCCGAUCGACUGUGAAGGUGAUCAACUGGCACAGACGUGGAGAGUACUUUGCAACUGUUUCCCCGCAAGGUCAAAGCAGUGCAGUGGCAAUCCAUACGUUGUCGAAGCAUCUCACUCAACUUCCAUUCCGCAAGUUGAAGGGUUUGGCUCAGACGGCGCAGUUCCACCCUUCGAAGCCGAUCUUUUUUGUUGCAACGCAGCGAACUAUCCGUAGCUACGACCUUGCCAGGCAGGAGCUCCUCAAGAUCCUGCAGCCCGGUGCGCGCUGGAUCUCUUCCUUCGACCUGCAUCCGGGUGGCGAUAAUCUCAUUGUGGGAUCGUACGAUAAGCGCUUGCUCUGGCACGACCUCGACUUGUCCAACAAGCCUUACAAGACAUUACGAUACCAUAAAAAGGCGAUUCGUUCGGUGCGUUUCCACCAGGGCGGAUUGCCCUUGUUUGCCGACGCCAGCGACGACGGCAGCCUGCAGAUCUUCCAUGGCAAGGUGGUGGACGAUUUGAUGGAGAACGCGACAAUUGUGCCGCUCAAGGUUCUUCACGGUCACCAGGUCAAGAAUCAAUUGGGAGUGUUGGACGUUGACUGGCACCCGCGACAGCCGUGGUGCAUGAGUGCUGGAGCAGACGGGACUUGCAGACUUUGGAACUAG